UCUAUGCAGGCUAUAUAAAGAUGUAUUCCCACAGUCGCCUCAGGGACAUUAAGGGAUUAUUUGAAAAGAGUUAUGCAAAUACAUAUUUGUAUCUAAAUAAUAAAUAAAUAAAUGAACGAAUUCUUCACAUGAAUCGAAGACCCAAAUACAGGAAUAGGUAAAAAAAAAACAAAGAAAAAAAAGUCUCUUAGAGACUAAACGUGCUCCCUUUCAUUUUGUUUCCCUGAAAAGCAAAAUGCAUGCAAAUUACUACAGCCCAGCCACUGGAUUUGGAAAAAAAGGUUAAUGAGAUGCGUUCUCAAUACAGUAGGCUAUUUGAGAAUUAUUUGAGACCCUAACAUUACUAUUUGUAUCUGGACAAUUCUCCAUCAUCUCCAUGGUUGCCAAAUAUACCUGCUUAUGUUUAAUAAACAGCCAGCGACGCCGUAUGAAAAUAUUAAUAUUUGUGCCUGAGUAGUGUCAUGUUACAGUCGUCACCAGCUGGUGACACAGCCUCACACUCUCCAGCGGUCCCAAAUAUUCACCUGAGCGAGUCACAGUGCGCACUGCGCAUGUGCUGUAGCUCUGCACACCACACACGCGCAUGCGUAGUGUGUCCUCUGGCUGUAAUGCACUGCAUCUUUGAGCGUCGCUGCAGCGCUGGACGCGCAGAAUGUCGGUUGUGCCGACACACACCUACCCUCGGAUACACGCACCUGCCGCAACAGGGAAAAAAACUACUACAUCUUUCCCUUAGAUUCUACACGUUCCAAGGGUUUGACCUCUGACCACACCACGGUGGGCAAAAUCUUGAAAACAACAACUCUGCAUUAUGAGACUAGGUAGAAGAAGUGAAGACAAAAUAUGUGAGACUGGCCUAAAGGGAUUGCGAAACACCUGUGUCCAUCAUUUGUCAUUAUUGCUAGAUCAAUGAGACAGUUGACAGUUUGGUGAAAACAUUCAUUUCUUAAUUCUUUGCACUAAAUUCUGACUUAGAAUCAUCUCCGCACAUAUUCUGCUAGAGGAAAGACUCAUUAAUUACCCGGCUGUCAGUUGUAUAAGUGACUAUGCAUAAGAAAGACCUUGGGACUGUCCCAGUUUGUUAGGUGUUGUGGGAAACAGGGCAAGAUUUCCCCUCACAGCCUGGCCCUCCAGGACUGCUGUCAUUGCUAAUGUAAUGUUUGUCAUGGCAAGUGUGACUGCUGCGGAGGAGUCGGCAAGUGACUGUACCACACCAGUAGUAAAUCCACUGCCAUUUGAACCCUCUACAACCUCCUCAAAUGACCCUAGUCAUGGACAUGAUAGCACUUCCUGCCCUCCAGCAGUACCUCCGCCACCUCCUCUACCUCCUCCACCACCACCUCCAGGCCAUCCUCAUGCUUCACGCAAGAAACGACGAGUACGGAGCUUCUUCUGGAAAACCAUUCCUGAAGAGAAGGUUCGGGGGAAACCGAAUAUUUGGACUCUAGCAGUAAGACAGCAGCAGUAUCAAAUUGAUGUGAGGACAGUGGAGGAGCUCUUCGGCCAGCAAGAGGAGGUUCGGACCCAGACAAGCAGUGGACAUCCUCGUGCUGGAAGAUCCAGAGGUUCAUUUAAAGAGAGCAAGGAUGAGAUCAGCAUCUUAGACUCCAAGAGAGGAAUGAACAUUGGAAUUUUCCUCAAACAGUUCAAGAAGUCCAAUCAUGCAAUAGUAGAAGACAUUCGUCUGGGCAACAGUAAGCAAUAUGGAGCUGAAACGCUGAAAGAACUUCUCAAACUUCUGCCUGAAGCAGAGGAGGUGAAGAGACUGAAGGAAUUCAAAGGAGACCCAAAUAAGCUGACGCUGGUUGAUUCCUUCAUGUUCCUGCUGAUUCAAGUGCCACGCUUUGAUGUGCGUAUUGAGGCCAUGGUACUUCAGGAAGAGUUCCUUCCAUCCUGUACAGUCAUGAGUCGUGAGAUUAACAUUGUGCGCCAGGCUACUGAAGAACUAAUGACUUGUGAAGAGCUCCAUGCCAUUCUACAUUUGGUUCUCCAAGCAGGAAAUAUCAUGAAUGCAGGUGGCUAUGCAGGCAAUGCUGUGGGCUUCAAACUGUCUUCACUUCUCUCUCUGGCUGACACGAAGGCAAACAAGCCUGGCAUGAACCUGCUCCAUUUUGUUGCCCUAGAAGCACAGAAAAAGGACGAGGCCCUCUUGAAGUUCCCAGAGAAGCUAACGCAUGUUCAGAGUGCAGUCAGAAUUUCAGUAGAAAAUAUAGAAGGAGAGUUUUCCUCUCUGUAUGUCAAAACGCGUUCCUUGGAACAAAAAAUUCAGGAUGACGUUGAGCUGCAAAAGCAGCUAGAUCCAUUUUUGCAGAGCUCUACACAAGCCUUGCAGGACCUCAAACAUCGCAGGCUGGACUUGCGCAAAGAGGGUAAUGCCCUCAUUGACUUCUUCUGUGAAGACAAAGACACUUUCAAACUGGAUGAGUGCUUUAGAAUUUUCCAAGAUUUCUGCCUAAAGUUCAAAAAAGCUGUAAAGGACAACCGGGACAGGGAACUGAAGGAGGAAGCUAGACAGCGUCGCUUACGGGAACUGGAGGAGAGACGGUGUGCCUGGGGUGCAGCCAAUAAUGAGGCAGGUGGUUUUGGUCGCAGCAGCAGCGAAAAUGAUGUUGACAUCCUAACCAAAGAAGGCCUCCUGGACUUCCUGCUUCAAUCGAGACCUCAAAGCCCCCACAGUCCUUUGGGGCGCUCAGCUAGUGCCCGACGUUACCAUCACACAGAGCUGAUAUCUGGGUCUUCAGCAAGUGACUAUACAAAAUUCAGCAGCCUGCCACGUCCAAGCAGGAACCACCAGCGAAAAACAUUGCCAUGGCUUGUCUUACAGGAUGAUAAUAGAGAGUUGGGUCCACAGAGUCAGGUUUACCAAGAGAAGCUGGCAACUUCACCAAGGGCUGAGACUGAACCCAUCAGUCCUUUAGCUAGAUACUCAAGUUUUGGCUACAACAUGAACAAUGAUCCCUACAAUAAUAAUAAUUACACUUCUCUAUCUGAAGGUGGAUUUACACCUCAAUUAAGUAAUGCAAAGCAUGUCUUUCAGGGCACAUCUGGUCAAAGUGUUGGACACAUGAGUGUUUCUGUGGAGAAACACAAACUAGUUACUGGUCUUCAGCCCUUUGAGAUAACCAGCCAGAUCAAAAAUAACAGUCAUGCUUUUGUGCACAACCAGCAUGAAGUGUUUGUAACAGAUCUGGAAAGGGAAGAAAACUCUCCUCAAGCAUUUGUCCUUGAUACACCCCCAUCUAGCAGGAGUUCAGAGGAACCAGAAAAAAUAUCACAGAGGGAGGAAGCAGACACAAGUACCUUUUCCUCAACAACUUGUGACACCCCGUUGCCCCUGGAUCCCUCUGUGUCCAGUAAGAAACCUGUGUUGUAUGUCAUGGACUGCACUGAAACCGAUUGUUCCAUUGUGCUGGACUGUUCUGAGAUAGAGAGUUCUCCUAUCAUACAAGAAAGAUCUGAACUUGACCCAAAGUCACAGGAUGCCAACUUUCCAAGAGUUAUUCAGGACACCAAUUCCCUUUCCUCCAAUUUUGAGUCCACCGAUUGUCACAUUGUGUCCACGUCAAGUGAUGAACCACUUGCCGGAAGGAUCACUCAAGCUAGUCCAGAAUCAGUCAGUCCAUCUGUUACUACUGAAGAAGCAGAGACAGGUAGCUGUGACACAGCUGAAGGGCGAAGAGUUGGCAAGAAAGCAGUCAAGACCGGUAGCACCAAAACAACACUUGUCAAAACCAAGACAACAUCCAAAGUAAUUGCUCAUGCCAGUCAUCCGACAAGAACCCUCACAGCAACUGAGACUCAGAACAUGCGCAAGGUGGUGCCCAUUACAAGGCAGAAUCGCUCUAGUAGCAGCAUGAAGAAAGUCGAAAAACCUUCUGGACAUGAGAACAUUGAACCCAGACGUCCACAUCGUGACCAAAGCAUGCCAGUCAGGAGAGGCGAGAGGCAAGGUAGACCAGCGCGACAUUCAAGCCUCCCUCCAGAGGAUCCCAGGGCACAACGAGGAGCGACACCAAGCAGCUCUCGGUGGGCAAGGGAUUCGACUCAACACAGACCCUCCAUCAAGAAAACAAAUCCUAAACCUGUUCGUAACAUUUCAAAACCAGCACCAGAAGAAAAGAUGUGUCGUUCUACAAUGCGUGCCUUGGCCAAAGCUCAGGCCCAAGGAACUUCAGAAGUUGGAACACCUGACAGUCCCAACAACACAAUGAAAAGUUCUUCGCCUUUGCCUAGCUUUGCUCGCAACACUGUGGCAUCUUCUUCCAGAUCUAAAAAAGACAUGCCUUCACCAGCUGUAACAGGAACACCAUCAAAGAGCUUAGCCAGAGCUAGCUCUCAGAAAUUGCCUGGUGGUAGAACGGACUCUGUCAGUAGCGGACCUUUGCCGAGGAGCGAGGAUAAACUAGGGGGGUCUAUUAGGAGGGUUCAGAGUGUAAGGGCUUCUAGUCGAAGCAGUGACACACCUCCCCCGCAGUCUGGACGAGAGCACUCCCUUAAAAGUAGCAGUUUCUCAGAGAGAUCCACACAGAUUAGAGACUCCAUCUCGAGCAGGACCAACAAACCCACAUGGAAGUAGAGUUACACUGUGGCUCUAAAAGCAACAUUAAACAUGGAUGGUCACAUUUUUUUGCAUAUAGUGGAAUUACUAGAGACACAAAAGCCUCUUAAAUUGUUCUGAAUGUAUCUACAGCCUUUAAAAUGUAGCUGAAGUUGUAUCACUGGAUGCUCAGUAACAGCUUCAAGAAUAAUAUGAGCUACUUUUGACAGCACAUUUAGUAGCACUUCCACAUCCACACAAGGAUGGUUUUGAUGGCCUUUUUCCAUAUAGCUGAAACAUUAUCAACUGUCACAGAAAACACAUCAAUCACAAAUUGUAAUAGUGUUAGAUUAACCCUAUAUUUUAUUAUCUAUGUAUUAUGUCUACAAAGAUCUUGUGAGCUGUUCUUACAAAUUGUGAGAACAAAUAAAAUAGAAGACAAUUUGUCAUAUAUACAUAUGCUUGCUUUGUUAUUUUAUAUGUGUACUAAAUGUAAAUGUAGUACUGUUUACUAGGGUAAUAUUUCCAUUAAAACAGCUUCAUGAACA